CUGGCGGCCGCUGUGCCGUGAGCCCAGCGCGCUUGACGGUCCCCGCGGCCCCACCGCCGGGCGGAGCGCGGGCAGGGGCAGGGGCAGAGCUCGGGGCGGGGCGGGUCGUGCAGGGCCGGGCCGGGCCGGGCCAGCCCACAGCACAACGCAGCGCAGCCCGUCCCGCCGCCGGGGCAGCGAGGGGGCGCAGCGGGGCAGGUGAGGGCUGGCGCCGCUCCCCCGGGGCCGUGCCGGAGGGCGGUGGGAGAAGCGGCUCCGUCCAGGCGCUUCCGGGCGCGGCGGGGGAAGGAGGGGAAGGAGGAGGAGAAGGAGGGGAGGGAGAAGAAGGGUGGGGUGGGUGGAAGGGAGGGAGGGAGGCCGGCUUUUUUAGGAGGGAGACCCUCCUUCGCGGCCGCCCGCUCGCAGCCAUGGCUUUGAAGGAGGCGGGCGGCAGCAUCCUGCCCAUCAGCGAUAUGGUGUCGGGGCCGUCGGGCUCGCCGUUCCCCGAGGUGGUGGAGCUGAACGUGGGGGGCCAGGUGUACGUGACGAGGCACUCCACGCUGCUCAGCGUCCCGGACAGCACGCUGGCCACCAUGUUCUCCCCGUGCCGGGGCGGCCCGGCGGCGGCCCGCCAGCUGCCCAGGGACAGCCGGGCGCGCUUCUUCAUCGACCGCGACGGCUUCCUCUUCAGGUACGUGCUGGAUUACCUGCGGGACAAGCAGCUGGCGCUGCCCGAGCACUUCCCCGAGAAGGAGCGGCUCCUACGGGAGGCCGAGUACUUCCAGCUGGGCGACCUGGUGAAGCUGCUGUCGCCCAAGGUCACCAAGCAGAGCUCGCUCAACGACGAGGGCUGCCAGAGCGACCUGGAGGACAGCAACUCGCAGGGCAGCAGCGACCGGCUGCAGCGGGCGGCGCUGGACAAGCGCUCGGGCUUCCUCACCGUGGGCUACCGCGGGUCCUACACCACGGUGCGGGACAACCAGGCGGACGCCAAAUUCCGCCGCGUCGCCCGCAUCAUGGUGUGCGGCAGGAUCGCCCUGGCCAAGGAGGUGUUCGGAGAGACCCUUAACGAAAGCCGCGACCCCGAUCGCCCACCCGAGAAGUACACCUCCCGCUUCUACCUCAAAUUCACCUACCUGGAGCAAGCCUUCGACCGGCUCUCCGAGGCGGGCUUCCACAUGGUGGCUUGCAACUCCACUGGCACCGCCGCCUUCAUCAACCAGUACAGGGACGACAAGAUCUGGAGCAGCUAUACCGAGUACAUCUUCUUCAGGCCCCCCCAGAGAACCGUUUCCCCCAAACAAGACCACGAAGAAAGGAAGCAUGACAAAGUCUUGGACAAGGGCAGUGAAAGUGGGACUUCCUGUAACGAGUUGUCCACCUCAAGCUGUGACAGCCACUCAGAAGCGAGCACCCCUCAAGAAAAUGCCACCAGCACUCAGCCAUCCGCAGCCCACCAGCCAAAUACUCUGACUUUGGAUCGUCCAUCUAAGAAAGCCCCAGUGCAGUGGAUGCCACCACCAGACAAACGCAGAAACAGUGAACUCUUUCAAACUCUCAUUAGCAAGUCCAGAGAAACAAAUCUUUCCAAAAAGAAGGUAUGUGAGAAGCUGAGUGUUGAGGAAGAAAUGAGAAAAUGUAUCCAAGAUUUUAAAAAAAUCCACAUUCCAGAUUACUUUCCAGAGCGCAAACGUCCCUGGCAGUCUGAACUCUUACAGAAAUAUGGGUUAUAGUAAUCAACUCUUUCAUGACGUAUCUCUGGGGCAUUUGAUGUUUAUUAAGUUGCCACUAACUUACUGAUGUCCUCUUUCUGGCCAACUCUGCCACCAGAGCUAUUCCUGCUGCUUAUUUGUUUCUGUGAACAGUGGAUGUUGGAUAGUACAUGGUUUCUUUAAUAAUAUAUAGAAAAAGAUAGAAACUUAAAAAAUACAAAAGGCAUCUCAUCUAAACCACCUCAUAAUAGAAAAGAAAAAAGUGCGUGGUCAAGAAAGAUGGUUUUCGAACUGUAGUCAGUUGAGCUUCAUUAUUGUUUUGGAACUUACCAAAUAAAAAUCUCAAUCAUCAGUUAACGCCUCAUUUUAUGUCACCAAUAACAGUGACUCAGACUUGUUAUGGAUGAAGAGAAACAGGGUUUAAAAUUUGAUUGAACUGGUUUCAAAACUAAUUCCCAACCUUCUUUCAAUGUUAAUGCAAUAAAGCAAAUACCUAUUUUGCAUGAGCACAAUGUUACAAAUAAAUCACACAGGAACAAGAGGUUGUCUGUUGCUUGGAGAGUUACUUGUUUGAUACCAAGCCUAUUAACAUAAAACGUCUAAGAGAUUGAAUUUUCUUUGUUCUGGAUCUGUGAUUUCUUUUGUGUGUACAGUGUUCUGUAUGUAAGGAUGGUGUAAAUAUGCCUUAUACUGUUUUAUUAUUGCACCAACAACGUUCAUCUAUUAGUGCUUGUCAGGAUUAUUUCUGUGAAAUGCAAAUUUAUGGCAGAUUGUGAAAACUGGUUUGAUGGUCUGAAAGUUUCGGUUAUGUUAGUUGCUAAAAUUGGAGAAAAAUAAAAGACUUUAAUGUAUUUAUUAAAAGAACUAUCUGGUAGA